AUGGAGUUUGUAAGAGAUCUCAAUGAUUUUGAAACCUAUGGAGAAUCGGUUCUGACGGAUGUUGACACAGUUACGAAUGAGUCCGUGACUGGGACGAUUGAGUCAGAUUUAGAAGGAGUCGUGGAAGAUGGAGAAGACAACGAGGAAUUAGUGGAUGACGACGGAAGGGUGUUGGCGGCACCUGAGAAGAAAAAACGAGCGAAACUCCAGCAUAUAUGUUUGACACUCUGGGACACUUCUGUAAUUCACCGAGCGGAAUUGAAACAAAUGUUGAAAAAAGAAAAAUGGUGUGGCUAUGUCGAGGGUAAGGAGGGCAGUCGCACCGAUCGACAUGAUCUUCGGAAUGCUAUAUACGAGGAGGGUGUCCAAGAUCUAAAGGAAUUGAGGUACCGUUUCCCGAAUCAGAUGGCUGCUCCUGGAGGUGAAGCUUACACUAGAAAAUUGAUGAACGAUGUCACACCAGUACACGAACCAGAAAGAUCUGAAAGGGAGCAUCUCUGGGCGAGAGAAUUGAGGUGUAAGCUGAUGGGGGCGAACAAUGGUCGUGAGAUUAUCACUGUUCACAGCAUGCAGACUCGCCAAGGGAAAAGUAAAAUGAUGGAGCGCUUGGAGUUCGAGUACAAUCAACGGAGAGAAGGAUCCUGUUUGAUCAUGACGGUCGCACCUGCUAGGGACAUGAUGGAUACUAUCAAGGAUUUCAAGCAUACCCUAGAGCUGUUAAUCAUUGAAAUCCCCAAGGCGAAGGGUGAGCUGGCAUUCCUUAAAGGAGCAUUUGGAAUGAUGGAGCACAUCAAGAAUGGGCAAACAUUUGCAUCAAAAUUCAUGACCGAGGCAGUUCGGUUUUAA